CUCCCCUUGUGGUCUAUAGGAGUGGCAGCAUAUCCAGCAAUCAGUCCCGUCCGUCCAUCAAGCUUUAUCAUAGAUUCUCAGCCGGUCCUGGUCUCAUGCUACUAUAUUAAUCUCGCUUUAGUUCUUAUUUCUUUUAAUUUUACCUUUUUGCCUUAUAGACCGAGCACAUUAAUCCACCCCUUCCCCCUCCUGACGCACGCUCAAACACCCGUCUCCUUAACAGGGACAAAGACAACCAACCGAUCUGACGGCGUCUAUACUCCUUAUCUUUCUCGACCAGAUUGUACUUUCGUACCGCGUUCGAUCUCAGAUAAUCGAAUACGGUUGACAAUAGGGCAAGAUGUCGGAUAUGGAGCAGGAAUGGAAACCAAAGGGUCGCCCACAGUCGACCAUGGCUCAGGCCUUUUCCUCAACGCUGGAUAGCGUCUUCGCACUGGACUCGGAUGUGGAUCACCUGUCGCAGACUAUAGAUCAGAAGAGAUUUCAAAUGAUUAUACAAACGAGAGAGCUGGAGGAACUGCAGGCCAAGAUCCGCGAGACCGAGCGACGUCUGAAAGCUCGUCAAUCACUCAUCGUGGAUGGAAGCGGCUCGAGAACCAGCGCAGGCGCACCGAAGGUGGAGAACGAAUAUCGGACAGCAGGUCUCGUCCGAAACAUAGAGUCCUCCGCUUCGACCGCGACAUCUCCCACAGAUUCAGCGGGGCAGUACUCCAGCAGUGACGAACAGCGAGAGCAAGACCGAAACCGCAACUCGUGAUCGAUGUUUGCGGCAUCAAGACUGGUCUCGUCCAGUUUGUAUGGGUAA